CCCCAUGAGCGUCAUAUUCUGACUUAGCCUCUCCCGUGGGUUUAGCGUUUUGGCUCCCGGGAAAGAUUUCAGUCCUCGGGGAAAGAGGGCUUAGUUUUGCAUGUUCCCAUCCAUCCUGCACGAAGCGAAAGGCCCCUUAUCCACCUCUCCUGCGUACCGGGAACACCUCCACGGUGAUCAGCUACUGCGUGUGUUUGUAUUUUGGUGAAGCUGCACCUUUCCAUUUCAGGAGUGGUUUAUUCAACAGUGUUCUGAAGGUUUUGGAUGUGGUGCUUUAGGGAUGUCGCUACUUUGAGAGCAUCAUCCACACACAAACAACAACCAUCGACUUUUUUUUGACAAUAAGCAUAACAAAAAGAAGGAACAAUAGCCACAAAAAAAUCAUAGUCUGUUGAACAAGUCACUUUUCCAGUUUGUGGAUACCACACGAACUAAGUAGAGUACUUUGAGAAUUGUUCACAUCGCUGCAACCCAGGACGGACUGAAGAGGGAGGCGAGACCUGUGGACCGGGUUUUUUCCCCUUGCAAGGCUGAUACCGCACUUACGACAUCCCGUAAACCCUCAAGGAUAACUCUUUUGGACGUUUAUUUACCCAAUUUCACAGGAGGCUCUUUGCACGUCAAUUGUUCUAAAUGUUCGGGAUUCAGGAAACUAUAUCGCGGGGUGGGACAACGAUGAAGGAGGAACCGCUGGGUGGGCUGAAUUCAGUCCGCUCAUGGAUGCACACAGCUGGGGUGGUGGAUGCGAAUACAGCCGCCCAAAGCGGUGUUGGCUUGGCGCGGGCACACUAUGAAAAGCAGCCGCCUUCCAACCUCAGAAAAUCCAAUUUUUUCCAUUUCGUCCUGGCACUGUACGAUAGACAGGGUCAACCCGUUGAGAUUGAAAGGACAGCUUAUGUGGACUUUGUGGAGAAAGAUAAAGAACCAAACGGUGAAAAAACGAACAAUGGGAUCAUUUACAAAGUACAGUUGUUGUACAGCAAUGGCGUCAGAACAGAACAGGAUAUUUUCAUACGGUUAAUCGAUUCCAUGACGAAGCAGGCAAUUAUAUAUGAGGGUCAAGACAAAAACCCUGAAAUGUGCAGAUGUCUUCUUACACACGAAAUUAUGUGCAGCCGGUGUUGUGAUAAGAAGAGCUGUGGCAACAGGAACGAGACUCCGUCAGACCCUGUGAUCAUCGACAGAUUCUUCCUGAAGUUCUUCCUGAAGUGCAAUCAGAACUGUCUGAAGAAUGCAGGGAAUCCCAGAGACAUGCGCAGGUUCCAGGUUGUUGUCUCGACGACCGUCAAUGUGGAUGGCCAUGUCUUGGCUGUCUCAGACAACAUGUUUGUCCACAACAACUCCAAGCAUGGGCGAAGGGCUCGCAGACUCGACCCUUCAGAAGGUACGCCUCCUUAUCUGGAGAAUGCAGCCACCCCUUGCAUCAAGGCCAUCAGCCCCAGUGAGGGAUGGACCACAGGAGGGGCCACUGUCAUCAUCAUUGGGGACAACUUCUUUGACGGCCUGCAGGUCGUGUUCGGGACCAUGCUUGUAUGGAGUGAGCUCAUCACCCCCCACGCCAUCCGCGUCCAGACCCCUCCCAGGCACAUCCCCGGUGUGGUGGAGGUCACGCUGUCCUACAAGUCCAAGCAGUUCUGCAAAGGGGCUCCUGGAAGAUUUGUCUACACCGCCCUCAAUGAGCCAACCAUCGACUAUGGAUUCCAGAGGCUGCAGAAGGUCAUCCCCAGGCACCCGGGUGACCCUGAGAGGUUACCAAAGGAGGUAUUGCUGAAGAGAGCAGCUGACCUUGUUGAAGCAUUGUAUGGGAUGCCCCACAAUAACCAGGAGAUCAUUCUGAAGAGGGCAGCGGACAUAGCAGAGGCCCUGUACAGCGUUCCCCGUAACCACAACCAGAUCCCCUCCCUCGCCAACACAGCCUCCCACGGCAUGAUGGGAGUCAACUCCUUCAGCAGCCAGCUAGCCGUCAACGUGUCCGAGUCACAGGGAAAUGACCAGGGCUACAGCCGGAACACCAGCAGUGUGUCUCCACGAGGGUACAUCACCAGCAGCACCCCACAGCAGUCCAGCUACAACACUGUCAGUAACAGUAUGAAUGGCUACGGGAACUCUGGCAUGUCCAACCUGGGAGUUUCCAGCUCCCCUGGGUUCCUCAACGGAUCCUCUGCCAACUCUCCAUAUGGAAUUAAACAAAAGAGCGCCUUCGCCCCUGUGGUCCGACCCCAGGCCUCCCCACCCCCUUCCUGCACCAACGCAAAUGGCAACGGACUGCAAGGUGAGCCCCCCUCACCCCCUCAUCCCUUCCCUUCGGACUACUGGGCAGAUACCGCGGCUCAUGCCUCUGUCCGGUUUGCUAUGUCCGGUCUGGUUGUACCUCCAAUGUAAAUGCACUUUCAUCGUCUCAAGCACCAAUCUUCUCACCACGAUACAGGACACCCCUUUAUCACACAACAAAGACACUGGCGUAAUCUAAAAUAUUGAGGAUAUAGUCAACAGUUUAUUCUGUUUUUAAUGAAGAUAAAAACAUGAUUUUCUUUUAAAAGACUAUUUCAAGAGUUAAGAUUUGGACAUUUGGACAAAGCAUUUCAUUAGGAACUCAACAAUUUUAGCUUUUUUGCUCAUUUUAUUUCCAUUUGAUCAACCUCGAAGAAGACAAAAUAUGAUGGAGUGUUUAUUUUGCAUACCUAUCGGGUUGAACUUUGGCUUUGUCCAGUGAACCAUAUCCUGGAAGGAACUCUGUGGACUCAUCAUUUGGUUUUAAUGUAAACACUGAUGUACAUUUACCUAUGAACUUGUUUGCCUCAGAAAAUGUUUUUUUGUUUUAACUCUCUUUCAAUAGAUUCACAAUUGUGUGUCUUUAUAAUGUGACUUUUUUGUAUUUUUAUGUGUGAUAAAAUACAGUGGGGCCAAGAAGGUUUAAGAUUUUCAACUGGAAAAUAUAUGAGAUAUAUAAUGUAGAAAUCAAUCAUAAAAUACAGGAAAUGCAAGUAAAUGGGUGGGGCUGGGUGGGUGGGUAAGAUUGUGUCAUGUUUCAUUCAUACAUCUUAAAUUAAAUUAGUAAUUUAUUGUAGCUAGAAUUUCAUCUUCGAAGUGAAAAUGAUCUUGGAUUCAACAAGUACACUGGCGUAUGUAGAACGCCUGGCUAGAGCUUCCUUUUAAGCAAGUGUGUUUUGCCACGUUUCUUUAAACUUUUUUGCUAGCACUGUAUAUUAAUGCAUUCCUAGGCUACUGUGAAGUCUGUUUCUUGUUGAAGAGGGCCAUCCUCUUCCUUCUAGCUCCAAAUCCCCUUAUGUGUUUUAUAUGUGGUUAUAAACUUGUAGACUAUUGUGAUAUUGCCAAAAUUGUGCUAAAUAUUUAGGCAUCUGUCUUUAUUUUAGAUCAACAACAUUUAAAGCAAAAUUAAACUCCAUCUAAAAUGGAAAGUAGUUCAUUGUCAUAUUUCCGUUCCAAUACACACUUGCGCUCACUUGAGGGAGAUUUUGUAACAUAUCAACUAUAAAUAUUGUAUUUAUCUCUGAUAUUUUGUAUAUUGCUUUUCAUUAUGUAUGUAUUAAUUGUCAUGCCCUUAAUAGUGAUGCAGCACAGAGAAUUUCAGCCAAGAACUGUUGCCUUCAUGUUUUUUUUGUAUUUGAUCAAAUGUAAUGUCCAUAUAUUUCACAUGUAUCUUCAAAGUUUUGUUACUCUGUCAAGACUCUCUGUCCAUUUUUUUUAAAGGGAAGUCAAACUUCAUUGUUUAUUUUUAUAUUGAUUUUAAAUUAUCUAUACAUACCAUUUUUGGAGAACUUUGUUGGUUGUAUUGUCAAAUAAAUUGUUUGUGACCCAUAUGAUAGUUGUUAAGAUACAAUAGAAACGAUGUGCAUGAGGGACAACCUUGGAGGAAGGGACUCCAUUUGUGGUAGUAUUUUCUUUCUGUUUUGUAGAAUGUAUACAAGUCACUUUUACUCACCACUUAUGACUCUGCCACAUAGCUUAAAUGUGUUUACAGGGAACAAAAAUUCAAAAUGUCAAAAUUUGGAAUGGAAACAGAAAUGAAUAAGUGAUGUUUUAUUAAAAUUUUCAGUAAAAAAAAACAA